CUUGAAAGCCAGUCAUUCAGAGGUACAGCUGGCACAGCACGAUCGUUUCAUCCUGCUGAGAGGCAGAGGGGACGAGGGGGGACAGGGUCUGGAAAGGCAGAUCCCCUCUCCAGUCUGCUCAGCUGUGCCACUCGCCUGCGGAUGGGACCUGCAUGAUGUUGUCAGCCCAGGAGAAACGUGGACUGGUGUUUUCCUUGACCUUCCUUCACCUUGGCGGAGAGCAAAGCGGAUCUGGUUGUUAACUCCCCACCUUUUCGGCACUGGGACAGCGAGAAAAGUUCAGCGUCGCUUGUGGUGGGAGUGAGGGAAGCGGGGACGGUUUGCAGUGGGUUUGUAUAUUAAGCUGUCGUAUCAAAGGCGAGCCGUAGGCUGACAAGAAAUGUAACCUGAGGAGAAAGGACACUGGUGCGUUCGAGCACACUGAAGGAUUCUUGCAUGACCUGUCACUCUUUCAGUGCUGUAGACUGAGCAGGUCUUACUGGUUUUUUACCGAGGUGGUGGGAGCUGAAUGGGGUGUGGGCUCAUUUCUAUUCGUCCACAGACAUCUCUACGAUCUUCUUUUAUCUUUUUUAAUUCCCCCCUGGAUAUAACUUGGAGAAAUAGUGGCCAUCGAGUUUGCUGCCAUCUGGGCUCAGCCCAGCUGAACCAAUUUUGGAGGAUACCUUCGCUGCAACCCCCGGGACGUGCUCCUAGGAGGAGGAGAAGAUAAAACGGUUUGGCAUCGUUGUUGGAGCUUGAGGAAAAACAUUGCUUUUGACUCCAGAGCGAAUGACCAGGAAGAUCCAUGUGAUGUCUUGAUCUUCCCCAUUUGCCCUGCUGAGCAUGGGGUAGCAGUGGCUGACCAUGGUGGUCACCCAGUUAGAACUGGAGCUGUGCUUUCAUGGCCAGAAACUGAGAGGUUUCACCUGCAAGCUAACCAGGUCAGCCAGUGGAUUUCUCCCAGAGACGUCGUUCUCCAUUGCCUCCCAGAUUUUCAUGCCCUUCCUUCUGGCUGGCUUGGGCAUGGUAGCUGCUGGGCUCUUGAUGGAUGUUGUCCAACACUGGGAGGUGUUUCGGACAAUUACAGAAGUUUUUAUCCUGGUUCCUGCCUUGGUUGGCCUGAAGGGUAAUCUCGAGAUGACAUUGGCAUCCAGGCUCUCUACUGCUGCUAACACUGGACAGAUGGAUGAUGCUCAGAAGCAGUGGAAAAUGGCCACCUGCAAUUUAGCCCUUAUCCAGGUCCAGGCCACGGUGGUGGGACUCCUGGCUGCUGUUGCUGCCGUCAUCCUGGGAGCCAUCUCCAAGGGCUCUGUAGAGCUGAGCCAGGCAGCCGUGCUGUGUGCCAGCAGUGUGACCACGGCCUUCAUCGCUGCACUUUCUCUCGGUCUGGUGAUGAUUGGCGUGAUCAUCGGAGCCAGGAAAGUUGGGAUCAACCCGGACAACAUCGCCACACCCAUAGCAGCAAGCCUUGGAGACCUGAUAACCCUUUCCCUGCUGGCAGGAAUCAGCAGUACGCUCUUCAAGUACAUAGAUAUGAAAUACCUUUCACCUCUGAUCUGUGCUGUCUUCAUUAUCAUGAUCCCUCUGUGGGUUGCUAUUGCCAAGCAAAGUCCUUCCCUUGCUGAAGUUUUGAAGUCUGGAUGGCAGCCUGUCAUUGUUGCAAUGAGCAUCAGCAGCAUUGGUGGGCUCAUCUUGGACAAAACUGUAACUGACCCAAACUUUGAAGGCAUGGCAGUUUUCACACCUGUGAUUAAUGGUGUUGGAGGGAAUCUGGUCGCCAUCCAGGCCAGCCGUAUUUCCACAUUCCUACAUUUCUGGAGCAUGCCUGGAGUUUUGCCAUACAAGAUGAGGCAGAAUUGGCCCAAUCCAUGCACCACAUUCUUCUCAUCAGAGGUGAAUUCCAAGUCAGCCCGAGUCCUGUUCCUCCUGGUUGUCCCAGGGCACCUCGUGUUCCUCUACACCAUCCACCUGCUGCAAGGAGGCCACACAUCUCUGUCCUUCACCUUUGUGAUGUUUUAUCUCACUGCUGCUUUGUUGCAGGUGGGAAUCCUGCUCUACGUAGCCGAGCUCAUUGUGCGCUUGAUGUGGAGGAAGGCUUUGGAUCCUGAUAAUUUCUCCAUCCCCUACCUCACUGCCCUGGGGGAUCUCCUGGGCACUGGAUUCCUUGCUGUCUGUUUCCGUCUGGUUUGGCUCAUUCACGGUGCAGACAUGAACCUGGGCAACUGAAGGACUGCGUGCUGCUCCAUGUUACUGAUUCGACACGGCACAAUUCUCUGGGACAUUGGAGGCUGGGUUGGACCCCACCGCCCUGCCUCUCCUCCCCAUCGUGCCUUAAGCUGGGCUUGCUCGUCCGGAGGAGUCAGCACCCCCAGACUUUGUACCAUUGCACGUGAGCAAGCUGGUUUUAAGCAGCACCCACUGCUCACACCAGCACCCCCAGCCAGUGCAGCAUUAAGGAGAAUUUGGUGCCAUAUAGUGAUGAGCAUUUUGAUUGGCUUCAGUCCCCAGCACCAAAACAGCCUGCAAGGCCCCUUUUAAGCCUGCUGAAUUGGGUGCAUCUGAUCCUGUGAGUCCAUGUCACAUCUCCGUCCAAAUUUCAUUCACAGUCCAAAUAGUUCAUUCACCCUUUUUCUCUCCCUGGAGGAGGAGAGCAUCCUGGUGUUUAAACUUUUCCCUUCUUCAUCACUCAGACGUAUGGACUUUGAGCCCUGCUGGUUCCUGGUGGGAGGAUACAGAGACAGCACCUACCUGUGCAGCACCAUUGCUGCUGUCUGACCAGCUCGAUUGAUUGUGUUUUGGGAGCAGGAGCUUUGGGUUUGUACGGUUUAUGAAAUGUCCAUUAAUUAAAAUGUUUAUUAGUUAAAAUGUUUAUAGAAACGCUCACACACACAAAUAAAGUGGUUAAAAAAUG